AUGAGUCUCAGGCCCCUUGCCCCUGCUCCACCGCCUUCUACCGCUCCCAAUCCCCCAAACCCGAAUCCGAAUCUUCCCUCCGAACCCUCAGUCGCAGUACCGAAACUUCGGAAGGCAUCCACAGCAUGCAGUCACUGCAAACGCCAGAAGGCCCGGUGCCAAAUACCUGACGGAGCCACGGCCUGCGAACGGUGCACCAAGCGGGAUCUCUCCUGCAUAUUCGAACAGGAUGAGGAUAUGCGGCGGAAGCUGGCCCACAAACGGAAGCUCGAGAAGCUCGAAGAGGAGCGGGAUGUCUUGUUGCAGCUGGUGCAGACGCUGCAGGACAGCCCGGACGCCAAGGCGACCCAGCUGCUGAAUCUCAUCCGCAGCAAGGCGCCCCUCGGCGAGAUCAAGCUCUACAUGGACCACAACGUGUUGGACCGGGACCGCGAGACGACCCCGCUGCUGGCGGAGAUCUACGAGCGCACCCACGGGUUGAAGGAGGACAAUAAACGGCCCUCGUCCCAUCAGGUACUCAACAUCCAGCGCUUGGUCGACAUCCCGGUCUACCGCGUGCCUGCCGCGCCUUGGACCACGGUCACGACCAAUGAUGAACUGGUGUCGCAUCUGAUCUCUCUGUGGCUGACCUGGAGCCAUCCGUUCUACAACUGGAUCGAUAAAGAGCUGUUUCUGCGUGACGCGCAAGCAGGCAAGCUGGACUCGCAAUUCUGCUCGCCGUUCCUGGUGAAUUGUAUUCUGGCGGAAGCAUGCUUUCAUUCGGACUACCCGGAGGCGUAUGCAGACCCCAAUGAUCCAGAUUCCAAGGGUGUUCAUUUCUACAACGAGGCGCGACGGAUCUAUGAGAAGAUCGAAGGUCAGCUCGAUUUACCGACCAUGCAGGGGUGCGGCGUCUUGUUCGUAUGCAUGGCGGCGAUGGGCAAAGACCGUGUGGGGUGGUUGUACCUCGGCCACCUGCGCAGCAUGGCAGAAGAAUACACCAAGGAACAUCCCCCGCCGCCAGCCGGGACGACUCCAUCCCGGCCGGGAAAGUCGACCGCCUCGAUCUCGCUGAUGAAGCAUUUGGCGCUCGACCGGCCGAAUCGACCGCUUCUUCCAUGCGACCACUCCGCCGACGACACUUGGACGCCGUAUCCGCGCCAGAUGGAUCCCGUUCAAUCCCACAUCCCCUGCGUGCUGAACAGCUUCUGCGCUCUGAGCGAGAUCAACGUCGAUGCCAACCGCAAGGUCUUUGCGAGCGGGCACAAGCCCCCUCGGGACGAGCUGGAACAGACCUUGCAAGACGUGCAAGCCCGGCUCGAUGACUGGAAGAGCAGACUGCCCCUAUGCCUGGCCCUGGAUAACCUGAGCGUCCCGCAAGCGCUAAGCUUACACAUGCUCUACCACACCGUAGUAAUCAUGCUCUGGGGCCUCCUGAAAAAGGACGACCCAGACAUCGACCGGGACACCGACACGAGCUCCCACAAAAUCCCGCGGGAGACGGCGCGUCAGACCUGCGUGAGCUCCGCCCUGGCCAUCGUGGACCUCCUGAGCACGCACCGCGCCACCUGGGGCCCGGACUACAUCUCGCCGACGACGAUCCACUGGGUCAGCAUGGCGCUGUUCACGCUGGUCGAGGAGCUGGCCGGCUCCCCGGACCACCGCAACGCCUUCACGGAGCUGUGCAUGAUCGCCCGCACCUUCGCCCGCAAGUGGACCCUCAUGAAGGGCAUCCUGCGCAUGCUGCACGUCUCCGCCCAGAAGGACGGCGUCGCCCUGCCGCCCGAGACCCACGCCCUGUUCGUCGACUUCUCCGAUAAGAUGUGGGGCCGCGCCCAGCGCGACCGGUUCCGCAGUCUGUAUCCGAAUCCGAGCUCGUUGGCGGAGUCCGGUGGGGAUCGCUCCAGGGAGGAGGCGGAGCUGAGUAGCUUUUUGGAGAAGUGGGAUACGCUGGAGAUUCGGGAUGAUGGAGGUGGAGAGGGGGAGGAGCGGGCUUAG